AUGGAUUGGAUCGGUGAGACCGUGGACUCUAUCAAAUCCCUUCAGAUCCGGCAGGUCCUCACCCAGGCCGUCAGUCUCGGUAUGAUUGUUACAUCUGCUCUUAUAAUAUGGAAGGCAUUGAUGUGCGUUACCGGCAGUGAAUCUCCUGUUGUUGUUGUUUUGUCUGGAAGUAUGGAACCCGGUUUCAAGAGGGGGGAUAUUUUGUUCUUGCACAUGAGUAAAGAGCCCAUUCGUGCAGGAGAAAUUGUUGUUUUUAAUGUUGAUGGCCGUGAAAUUCCAAUUGUCCAUCGUGUCAUUAAGGUUCAUGAACGAGAAGAUACUGGAGAAGUUGAUGUCCUUACAAAAGGAGAUAACAAUUAUGGGGAUGACAGGCUUCUGUAUGCUCAUGGUCAGCUGUGGCUUCAACGGCAUCAUAUCAUGGGUAGAGCUGUGGGGUUUUUACCUUAUGUUGGCUGGGUAACAAUUAUCAUGACUGAAAAGCCUAUUAUUAAGUAUAUUCUAAUUGGCGCAUUGGGGUUGCUUGUUAUAACAUCAAAGGACUAA